GUAUGUACAGUGCAUAUGGACUAGGUCAUGUGUGACCGUUAUUUGCACUUGUGUUUACAAGAAGAGAAUACUAGCUGGCUAGCAAUGCCUAGCCUGGCUGUUGUGGGAUGUAGCUUGUACUGUAUUAUUAGGGAGGAAAGGAUAGUUGGUAAUGGUUCUGCGACCUUUUCUGUAAGCGCAGGGAUUCUAGAGUGUUGGAACGGGAUAAACACAGGCAGCUGUGCAUCCAGGAAACACCCAUAACUUUGUGGAAGGAACCAGGCUGACUUUUGUGAAUACGAAUUAAAUAUUGUCUUUCUGAACUUGAAAUCACCAGUUGUAGACUACUCGAUAAUAUUAUGCAUCAUAUAUUGCCUGCAUGUAGGACACUUCCUUUGGAGUACAUGCCUAUGAGCCAGAUGCCUCGCAGUCACAACCCCUAUCUGGACAGAGAGCAUUGCCUGUUAUGUCGCCGUGAGAGGCCGGACCCUCCAGCUAAUCGUAUACCCCCUGGAGUUGGUAGUGAGAAGGAAAAUAACAGGCAGUUACCCAUUACACAGAUGCCACUUUGGUUAUGUCCUGACUGCCGCCGUACUGUGGAGGAAGAAGAAGCUAACUCUACCAAGAACUUUGAUCCAUCCGCUAUUGGGGAGUUGCUACUACCUUCUACGCUUCCUCUUAUCACCGGUCUUGAUGGGGCAUUCAGCUCAUCCUCCAGUGUGGGAGGGGAUACCUCAUCCGUGGUAACCAGUACCAGCGGAGGCAAGGGAGGAAGCGGUGGUGGUGAUGGGAGAGGAGGGGGUGGAGAUGGGCCAUGUCAGUGUGAGCCGUGCAGGGAGAGGAGGGAGAUUGCCGCUGAGCAGGAGCACUCCCGUCAGCAGCUGGGGGAGUGCUGGACGGAGCUGAGUCACCUUGUACGCUGUGUCUAUUGGGAGGCUGGUACCUCUCUAACUGGCGAGGAAAGCACAACUAAGCUGAGUCUACCGCGAAUGAAAGAACUGGUCCGCCGUCUCUGUGCCCAUGACCCUCAUCUACUCUACAUGAGGCUGGAGGUGGAGGUAGAGGACUUCAUCAAGGAGAUGAGGGAGAGGCUUCUCAAGCAGCUAGAUGGGGGCUUCAGGACACCGCCCCUCGCCAAACAGUUCAUCACCAUGCUGUUGGAAGAGUAUGCAGCGCUUUGUUCGGCGGCUCAAACACUACUGGCAAUCUUAGAAGAGUUGGAGAAAGAGCACCUUCACAAGUUCAACCUGACGUGGCCGCUGCACAACAAGCACCUGUUUCAUUCCCUGAUCUACAUGGAGCCAGGUCUUCAUGAUAACCUUGGUACACUCAUCAAGCAGCUUAGGACUGUGGCUAGUCAGAAGGAACCAUACCAUGAAGACUGCUACUCUAAUCUACUCCAGAGAUAUCUACAAUUCGACAAUGAUAUGUCAGUGAUAGCCGUUGUAUGGAGGGAUUGUCAGCAGCUGAUUGAAGACUAUACCGAUGAACAGGAAUUAUACAAAGGGAAGGAGGCCCUCAACCGCUCAUGGGAUACAGGCGUGACCACAACGAGGCCACGUCCGCUAUCCUGUGAGGCCAAUAAGACUAGUAACAGCAGGAAUCUAUACCAGUGCCACUCUGCGUUGAUCAAUCACAUGGCUAAUGGGAGUGGGACUCAAGAGAAUAACACUACGAACCACAGAGGCUCUACAAAGAAAAAGUGCCUGUGUGAUGACUGCAGCCUAAACAGACUUACAUCAAGCCUGUUGACCCCCGACCUCUACGAAGAGAUUGGUCUGAAGCACCUGAGCGAGGCAGCGCCCGGGGGCCAGCUAUCGGCCCUGGAUACCUACCUUCAGUCUAUCAAUCCGCCCGACCUGUCUUCCACCACAUCCUCGUCGGAUUGUUCUUCCCAAGGCGACAGUGAAGAAGUCAUCCCCAUCUUCUCUCGCAGUGACCUCAUUCACUCGGGUUUCUGUUCUCCAAGAAGCGACGACUCCGAUGACUCCGACGACCUUGACUCAGAGUCAUCACCUUCACCGUCCCAUGAGAAUGCCUUUGAAGACGAAGACGAUGACGGCGAAGGAAGACAGAAUGAGAACUCAUCGUCGAGGGGGAGGACGAGGUGUAGAGCGUCUUACUCUGGAGGGGACAGGCAGAGCAAUGGUGGUGAUGUCAAGAAGGAUUCCAAUGUUUCCAGUAAUCAGCCGUGUGAGUGUCAUGUUUGUUCUGCCAACAACGGUACACAUCUUUCUACUUCUGCCAUGAUGGCUGGAGACAACAAACCCUCGUACCUCUUUUAUCCAAACCUCCAGAGCCACCAACCACUAGACCUCAGCCAUCCGGGCAUCUCGGCCAAACACCCUCUCAUCCACCCACAUCUAUACAACCUGACCUCGCAGAAACCCAACAAGAUCCCUAACCACUCCCAACAAGCAUUCCAGCUCAGUCUUGACGCUUCCGAUGGCCUCCAGAACUACGGCGACUGGAACAGUGCCUACGAGAGCGCCAAGAUGGUCCUUCACACGCAUUCUCAUGCUCACUUCGGGCAUGAGGAGGCACCAGACCUCAUUCAGAGUGCCAAAGCAGCAAUCCAGUCAAACUGCCGUGCGGAGAAGAGCGAAAACCGUUCAGCAAAGAUAGUACCAGUUCAUCAGGGGCAACACAACUCUGAAGGAAAGGCCACCAAGGAGGAGAAAGGGAAGAAGCACAACCAUGAUGGCUCCGGGGUAAUCAGCAAUGGUAUAAGCGAGUGGACCAAGCAACAGAGACUAGCGCAACACCUCCACAGUGAGAAGGGCAAGAACUCUAGUCUUGUAGCUCAAGAGCUUUGUGCCAAGCAUAAUUUUCCAGCGGUACCGAAGCUUCCCAACAACGUCUUAAUCUCCCCAACUCUCCUUCAGGGAACGGAUGCAACGAGCGGAACAAUGACCCAAGAGAGUCUGGCACAGCAGUUCAGCUCGGGGGUUCUAACUCAGCAGGCUCUGAUGACCCAGGGCAUGCUGGCUGCUCAAGGGACAAGCCUUCAGUUGCAGAAUGCAGGCAUUCAUGUUGCUGAUGUGCACCAUCUCCAGCAGCAGCAGCAACAGCAUGCUGCACCAUCAGAUGGCAAGAAGAAGAAGAAAAAUCAAGGUGGGGUGGAGGAUAGUUUACCUGCUGAACCAACAGUCAGACUACCCGAUUACCUAAAUGAGCAACACCUGCAUACGUGUUCCCAUCAGAACCAAAUCUCUCACUCAUCCAGUGUCCUGGGCACCAAUGCUGGCCUGUGUAGUAGCUCCAUGCAGACUACGCCUAGUACUCCAAACUCUGCCAGUGUGUGCAGUAGUGAACCAGACUAUGAAACCCCUAACUACCAACACGACGAGGACACGCCCAGUAACUAUGAUGACAAGGACUCAAAUGCAUCAAGCACCACCAGGGAGAGAGAAUCUAAACAUUGUGAAUGCUGCUACUGUGAAUUCUUUGGACAGGGGCCCCAACCUGCUCCAACGAGUCGAAACUACACUGAAAUCAGAGACAGACUGCGACUAAGACUAAGAGAGCGAAAGCAACCCAAAGACCAAUCACCUACCCAUGAACCACCCACUCCACAUCCUCCUAAUGACCUGCUACACGCGGACGAACGCAAGGUGGAGGAUCUACUCUCGUUCAUAGAGGGCGCUAAAAAGACCAAGAGCAGUUCCAAAGCAGCUAAACGACAACGGCAGAGGCAGAAGAAGGCUGAGCAAAAAUCCAAAAGUGUGCCUGAUAAUGGUCACAAGAAAGACAUCCCUGUACCUGUGUCCCUGCAUCAUCACCAUCACCACCACCACCAUCAUCAUGUGGAAGUAUCCAGGGAGAAGCAACAUGAGGCAACAUCACAGCACAACACCAACUGUACGGCAAAGCCUUCCCAUCCAAUCAAACAACUACAUCAGGCUCCUGCCAAACAACAAUCGCAGUCUCAAGAAACCCAGUCCGAGUCCAAGUCUGUACCGGCAUCGAAGGGUCACCCCAGACCACAGUUGGACCAACGCACCCGCGUGGUAGCUUCUCAACCCUUGUGCAUGUCGAUGACUGGGUCUUCACCAUCAGCAGAGUCGUCCACACAAGCUUCCGCAAACUCCAGAGCAGUUCCCAUGGUGACUUCUCAGGAGAGUGUCCCUAAAGGCGAAAGCAACAGUACCAGCAAGAAAGGCAAAGGUUCAGGAGUGACCCAACCGCAAGUUCAGGCGAUUGCGCCAUCAUCGAACAGUGGUAAUAAGAACUUGGAGAAUAAAGCCAAAGGUAAACAGAAUGGAGCUGGGAAGCAGGGACCAUCGUUAGCUCAUCAUCCUUCAGAGGCUAGCGUGGAUGGCAGAGGAAAGACAGAUCAAGAAACGGGGAAAUCCCUGAAUAAGCGUGAUCAUGUGGUCAGCAAUAAGACAGGCAGUCAAUCAUCUCAGCAGAGAAUUGUCCAAAAUCAGAAGCAUCAACAACAACAGAAGACUGACAAGACACCCAGACAUGACAACACUAAUGCAUGGAAGACGUCUUCAAUGGGAGGACAGGAGAGGUUACUGAAUGGCAAUGCAAGUGACAGCUGCAGUGGCAUUAGCAGCAGGUGUAACAGUGUUGGUAGCAAGAUCAACAACAGCAGGACCAAGCAGGGUGGAGCUCCUUCAACCAACAUUGAUGACCCCCAUUUGAAGAAGCAGACUAAUCUCAAGCCAUCACAUGGUACGCCGAUGUCAGCAGCAACAGCACAGGGUAAUCCAAAGGCCACUACCACCAUUAACACCAAGAAGGCCAACCAGACUUCCAACAGCAUCAAGGAAAGGCUACCACAGAAGAUGGAGGAGACAGCCACUGCCAGACUGGCCAGCAAGCGAUCCGAGACCAAUCACAAGAUGGAUACCAGGACAUCUCAGAAUGGAGGUGGUCAUGACCAGAUGACUAAUGGACUAGCGCUGUCCAAUGGAAGCAGCACCACCAACAAGAGACGAAAGAAGAAGAAGAACUCUGACAAUCCAAAUGCAUCCAUUGAUGAGAUCUUCCUUCCAAAGGAAAAUAUAGACAUGAACGAAAUGGACGAGACUGAGAGAGAGCUUGAAGCUUUCAAAAGGUUCUGCAUGGCUUCGACCCCUCAGCAACACAAGGAGAAGGUUGUCUUCAACGUCAAGGACCUGGCCCUGAAGAAGAGUAGUCUUCAGGCUCAUUAAGACGCAUCAUUCCAUACAUGUACCAACUAGACCAAGACAAACAGACCCAAAGCACCACCUCUCUCAAUGGUAACAGGGUUUCCUGCACUAGAGACUUGGAGACUUGAUAAAAAGUCAAAUGAGAUGUCAUACUUUUAGAUAAAUUUCACAGACCAAACCACAAAACUUGAAUUAAAUCCAGUGAGAUGUCACCAUGAAGAUAACAUUCACAGACCAAAUGCAAUAUGCUCACUUCCAUGAAGCAACUCUUAUAAAAGAGAUGAAGAUCGCCCUUCAUUUACUUUACAUUUCGUUGAUAAGAGGUAUAUCGGCCCUGAUAGUGGGUGGUUAGCAAUAGGGUUAUGGUCCCAAGACCAGAAUAGAACUAAAUGCUGCUAUUACAAACUAGACCCUUGGACUGAAGGACAUAGUUAUCACUUCUUGCACUGAAACUUUUGUUCCAUGGUUGACACUAAAGAAUGCAUGCAGAAAAGUUUUCUUUUUUUUUCUACAAAUUUCAACAGAAAGAUAAAAGAAUCCAAAGCAAAAUUAUCGAUCAUAUUUAGAAAAGAUUCACAGAUAAUACACAGAUUCCAGUGACUUCUAGAAUCUCUUUGAAAACAAGGUAAGUGCCACCAAAAUAAUCCAAGACAAUAUGUUACCUUCAUCUGCCUGUAUCUGUUCUAAGAUCCAGCUUACAUUCUAUCCAUCUCCAAUAUCAGAAGAUGUAAGACAGGCUUCUAAACUUUUUAAGUAGCAAGGAGACUAAGAGGCAAAAAAAACUUCCCUUCUAUUGCUGUUUCACCAUCCACUCUUAUGCAACCACCACUUUCACCACUGGGCAACUGCAUAAUGUAUGUUCAUCAUACUUCCGAUUUGUGGGAUCAUCCUGAAAAUAUUUGUCUCUCUUUUUUUUUAAUAUUCUUAUCAUCAGUUGUAAUCCUCCCAGAUUACUGCAUAUGCCAUCAUUUCAUGAACUGACAUAUAAAAUAGAGAGCAAUGAGGGUCUUACAAACGAAAUUGCUUAUUAUUAUCAUACAAAUUCUUUCCUUCUCCAUCUCUGGAUUGGCCCAUACUUGAAUGAUGAAUAGGACUUCAUCCUCAUGAUUACGAAUCAGUUGUUCAGCUGUGCAAUAUAUGAAUCACACAGAUUUCUAGACAAAUGCUGACAAUGCUGUUGAAAUACAUUUUACAUCAAUUAAGUAGAGGUCUGAAGACACAUAGAAUCUAUCAGGUAGAUUUGAAAAGAGAAAUUUUUUUUUUACACAACAGAAGAUAACAAAGAGCUUCAUUCAAUUCAGUGGAUUCACAAUACGGUGCGCCAUCUAUCGGUUGGCAGCAGACAGGCCGAUUUCUAACUGUUGGGUUGACAUCACGCGCAGGCUAGGCGCAGCCAGUGCAUAAUGCUGGUAUAAAGAUGCUUAAAAAAUGAAAAUAUGAGGAAGAAUUCACCGAAAACAGUUUGAAUUUCCCAAAGAAAUCUGCAGCCACGUUGGUCAGUGCAUAAUCGCAUGCAUAAGCAUUAUAGCCCGCUCAGCAGAUAUGUCAACUUUUUCCCUUGAGGCAUUGCGAAUUUCGGCCUGCCCGCUGCCGAUAGGUGGUGCACCGAAUUGUGAAGCCACCGAAUUCCAAGGAAUGCGUAGGAAAUCUCCCGACUGCAUUGGUUGGGUCAGUCUGACAGGAAUCUAUUUCAGCUUUGAAAAGAUCGAUUAUUGCAUGCUCUUUCAGAUUUGCAAUUCUGACAAAUUGAUAAAUUAUGAAUGAAGGUUAAUGGAUUGAUGUUGGCAAUUACUACUGAAUGUAGACUGAAAAUCAGUCUGUUUUCAUCAGCAGAUUUUUCAGUCUAUACCAAGUGGCAUUUCAUGAAAAUUCAAGUGUGACUUAGGGGGUGUUGCAAGAAGAUAUUUGCAAAUUUAAGUUGCAAGUUUAACUUAAGUAAAUUGAUUUAUUCUUGUUAAUACAAGAAACAGACCUGUGAUUAGUUGGUCAUUGUUGAAAGUGCUCACUAUUUAACAUGAAUUCUCAUUGAUGGAUACACAGUGAUCUGUGCAUGACGUGUCACAUACUGCAUCCGUAUGGAAAUUGAUACGCGAUUUUAGAGACACUUGAAUUUUUGUGAAAUGCUCACCUGGUAAACUUCUUUGUAUGAAGAUUUAGCUUGUUCUGAGGCCACGGCAGCGAAACACACUGACACCCAUGCAAUUUGGGUAUGAAGUAAAGAAAUUUAGGAUGAUCGAAUUCAUCUUUCUAUUCCUCGCAUUUUUAUUUAUCUGUUCUUCAUUCCACGGGGAAAUGUUUGGAAGCUUGCUUUCUGAAAGUGAAGGAAGGGUAUAAUAUAUUCAAGUAUUAUGGUGUAAAGCGGAUUGAGAAAGUUAGAGUUUUGGUUAUUGUACUUCGAAAGCACACAUGGUAUCCUUGAAAGCACACCAUCCACUCAUGUAGAGAUAAGUUUCAUGAUCCACAGAAUGACUUGUAUGGGAGAGUAAGAAGCUAGAUGAGGUAAUGCAAUUAUUGAAUAUGCAGAUGAGCAAUGCAUUAGAUUCAGGAAACAUAAAAUUUUCUGUUUUACCAAAGCAUAAUGCACUUUUGUGAAAAUGAAGGCAAUUGGAUUUUGUUUUCCAGAAGAAAAAAAAAUAAUUUAUGGUCUGUAAUACAAGUGUAGAGAUGGUCUGAUAGAAAAAAAUUGUCUGAAUAUGAUGCAGAAUGUAGUAUUACUCAAACACCAAGUGUUGAAAACUAAUGAAUAUUUUUUAAUAUGAAUCUGGUCUCAUAAUUGUCCCGAACAUUUCUUCUUUAAAGUUUUGAGUGCGUGAAAUAUGUAUUGAAGUUAUACAGUGUAUGUCCAAGCACCAUACUUUAUACAGUGAAACCGGGUCACUGGUGAAAUGUUUUUCCAGCAGACCAAAUGAUUUGAGAAAAUGAAACAAAAUUAACAUUUAUUGGAAGUGUAGCAAUGACAAAAGAAAAAUAGCCUCAACAAAUUUUGGUAGGAUUAAUUUAUGCCUGAUUGAAUUUAAAGUAUGUUUUUAUUCGUCAAAAAUAUUGUGACUAUUUCAUUUUAUUAUAAGAAAAUGUGAUUUGUAGAAAUUUGAACUGUCAAAGUAAUGUUAUCAUUUGCCUCUUUUUAUGGUGUCUGUGAAGGGCCAAUACAAAGUGUUGCUUUUGCCCUCCUUUUGGUACACAAAAUUACAAGUGAAAGAUAUAAAAUGAAAUUUGCAGGUUUUGGGUGUUCCAGAAUUUUCUGAAACAUGUCAUUUCCAAAUGGCAGACUUGGACUUUUUAAAGACUUGACCACAAAGAAACUUAUUUGAGAAUGGCCUUGUGAUGUUUGUUUAUUGAUAAGUCAACUUUUUGAGAAUGAAGAUUCUGAGAAUGUACUUAUCUUGGCUUGUAUGUAAUAAGUCGAGGUUUAAAAGUUUGUUGCAGACAUACGUUUCCUUCCCUCUUUAUUAUUAUUUUUUUGACAAUGACUUUUGUAGUGUGGAUUAGAUGAUGCAUAUGACAAGAAAUGUUGCGUUUAUUAUUAAUGCGAAAAAUUCCAGUGCAUAUUAGCCAUUUUCAUUAUGUAAACAAAAUGCUAACAAUAAAAAGACAUUGA